AAAAUCUAUCUUGCUUACUUAUAUUGGAUGCAUUUAAAGAACAUCUUGUAGAUCUAAUAAAACAAAAAUUUAGAGAAAAUAAUACAGAUCUAGCUAUAAUUCCUAAAGGAUUGUCAGGAAAGCUACAAUUAUUAGAUAUUAAUGAAAUCAAUAAUAUUUCUGAAAAUAAUAGUAUUAUAAAAUUUGAUUAUAACAAAUUUGAGAAUAAUAGUAAAGAAAUAUAUUUGGUUUAUAAUAAUAUUGACAAACAGAAUUAUGAAGAAGAUGAUAGUAUUAGAAAUGAGUGA